UCAGACUAUGCUCCAUAUUUCUUUGACAAUGGCCCUAGCAGCUCAAGUGGGAAUAUGGCCUUGUUCAGCAUCUCUGAGGAUACACCUGUCGGAACACAGGUAUACAUCCUGAACGGCACAGAUCCAGAGGGGGAUCCUGUACGCUACGGCCUAACAUUUGAAAUAGGCUCCACUGAGUAUUUCAGGGUUGAACCCAAAUCAGGAAAUGUUACUUUAAUUCAGGAGCUAAACAGAGAGAAACAAGAUGAAAUCUCAGUGACUGUCAGCAUAACAGAUGGACGUAAUAAAGUUGUUGAGACUGUAAGAGUGUUUGUGACAGACGCCAAUGACGAGCCUCCAGAGUUUCAAAAUCUGCCUUUUAUUGUUGAUGUUCCAGAGGACACUACACCAGGAAGUAGUAUUUACAGAGUCCAUGCUGUAGAUAAAGACCUGGGUUCAGGAGGCAGUGUCUCAUAUUACCUACAGAGUUCCCCUUUUGCCAAGUUCACUAUUGACGGACACAGCGGGAUCCUGAGAGUAAAACCUGGCGAGACUCUGGACUAUGAGACCACACCAACACAUUUUGUUACAGUGGUUGCAAAGGAUGGAGGUGGAAAGUACAAAGGAAAGCAUCAGGUGCUGACUUCCACCGCCACUGUAACCAUCAAUGUUCUAGAUGCCCAAGACAUGCCGCCAUCUUUUGUGGGAACCCCAUACUUUGGAUACGUCUAUGAAGUCUCAGUCCCUGGUUCUGAAAUAUACACAGUUUCUGCUAAAGAUGGGGAUCAAGGCAACCCCAACCCCAUUCAUUAUUCUAUUCUGAACGGCAGUGAUGGUGUUUUUGACAUAAAUAGCACCAGUGGAUGCAUCUAUCUAACAACUCCUCCAUAUCUGCUAAAAAAUGAACUCUAUGAAAUUAAAGUAAAGGCAUCUGAAGUUGGGCCCGACAAUCAGCUGUUGGACUAUGAUGUUACCACGGUGACUGUCCGGGUGGUGGAUCUUAACAACCAUCCUCCGACAUUUUAUGGAGAAAAUGGACCCCAGAGCAAGUUUGAGGUCACCAUGUAUGAGCAUCCUCCUGCUGGGGAGAUCCUCAGAGGCUUUAAGAUCACCGUCAAUGACUCUGAUCAGGGAGCAAAUGCUAAAUUUAAACUGAGACUGGUGGGGCCCAGCCGAGUACUUCGAGUGGUUCCCCAGACAGUUUUGAAUGAAGCUCAGGUGACCAUCAUUGUGGAGGACGCAUCUGGCAUAGACUAUGAAAAGGGACCGACCCUAUCUUUUAAGUUGCUGGCGGUAGAGAUUGACACUCCUGAGCGUUUCAGUGCGACAGCUGACAUAGUGAUCAACUUGCUGGAUACAAAUGACAACGUUCCCGUUUUCACGUCUGAGUAUUACAUCGUCAGAGUGCCCGAGAACUCCCCUGGAGGUUCCAGUGUUGUGUCCGUCACAGCAAAUGAUCCAGACUCUGGUUCCUGGGGCGAAGUCAAAUACACGAUUUAUGGAUCAGGAUCCGAUUUAUUUGCCAUCCAUCCAUCCACGGGCCUUAUCUUUACACAACCCUGGACCAGUCUGGAUGCAGAGAUGAGGUCAAAAUACAACUUCUAUGUAAAGGCAGAAGAUUCAGAAGGCAAGUACAGCAUUGCUGAAGUCUUUGUCAGCGUCCUUGACAUGAAUGACCAUCCUCCAGAGUUUGAUGAGGACUUUCAAGAGAAGACUAUGAUCAUUGGGACACCCGUCAAAGUCCAGGCCGUGGAUGAGGAUGCAGAGUCUCCCAAUAAUGUCAUUGAGUACUCUAUCAUGACCGCUGAUCCGGACAACGCAUUUGACAUCAAUGCAGACACUGGAGAGAUCCAGCUCAAGCCUUUUAUCAAGUCUAUGGAGAUUGUGCAGAAUAUCACCAAGCAGAAGGACUGCAAGUGGUCUCUGGUGGUCCAGGCCAGGGACAGAGGAUCUCCAUCCUUCAGCACAACUGCUGUGGUGAACAUCGACAUCACAGAGGCGACUCCUCUCAAGGGGCCUAUGGCAGCAUUUUUAAUGAAAAGUAGGGACAAUCCUCUCAGAGCUUUAGGCCUGGUUUCGUUUAUCAUUCUUGUACUGGUAGGAGUGACAGUGUUAAUCUCUACAGUAAUGUACAUGCGAAACUCAAAGUCAAACAGAAUCAUGCCAGUGCGACGCAUCAUAAAGAGGCGACCCAGGGAUGGGCAGACUUGGAAAUUCAAGAUUCCUGUCAUCAAGUUGUCCAGCCCAGCAGAGAAGUUCCUCAUCAGCGACCCGGAAAGCAGCCCCUCACAGGAAACCAGCAGCCCAAGGCUGAAACCCCCACCUCCUAUCGCUCCUUGCCUGCCCCCUCCACCUCCAGCUAACAUUCGGGCUAAUGAGCGGCCCCGGGCGGUCCCAACCAUAUCUGGUGCACUGACUUCUAAAGCUCUGAAGAAAACAAAGUCUUGUCGCCGCAAAGAGGGAAACAUCAGCUCUGCAUUGGUGUCUGAGCUUAAGAUGAAGCUGGAGCAAAAGAUUAAUGAGAAUAACCAAGGGUUGUAUUAAAUGGAACUGCAAAAACAUCUGGUUUAAGGUUGCUCAGUCCAUUUAUUAAUGGCACAUUGUAUUUAUCUUAAAUGCAGUCAUUGUCAUGAUUGGUAAAAGGACCUAUCUUUGGAUUUAUUCAUUUUAAAGAUAUGUACUUCUAAACAGGAGACAUCAAGGAAGUAGGCUGUACUGCAUCCUCCAUUGCUGUAGUUGUAAAAAAGCCUGAAGAGAGCUUGGUUCAGUGGUGUAGUUGCAGAUAAUUCACCAAAUUGCCAUCUCGAGGAAGAUUAUGUGAUCUUAACAGCAAGAAGCACUACUGCAAAUUGUCCUGGGGGAGGAUUACUUAGGAAGACUUAGUCUCAAUGCAUCUUGAAAAGUUUAAUGCUUCAAAACCUGCAUUGUUUUAGCACAGAAAUUUUCACCAGAUCAGUCCAACUACAGAAAAAAGUUCUCGCUCUGUGGAACAUGCAGCUAAACAAUAUGGUGAAAUUUUACAAUGAAGUGCUACAGGACCUGUGUAUUGAUAUUUUUACUGUUACAUCAGCUGCUUCAAAACUGAGAAGUUGCUCCUUUUUAUUAAGACAAUGUGCCACUGUAGAAACAUGAGCCUGCUUGAGUAAUUCUAGAAGAAAAGCUUUUAUAUAAAUGUAUAUGCAUCCAUUUUAAAUGUAUAGCAUUUUAUUGUUUCAGCCAUAUAGCUAAGAGGAGUCCAAUUAUAAGUGGGAAGCUGUUAAAAGAUAAUUGCAUGCUUGAAAAUGUUACGCUACAUCAAUACUGGUGGGAGAUUUUUACUUGUAAAAUACAUAUUUAUCUGAAGCAUAUUUGUAAAACGUUUAGAAUCAACAUAAGUAUACUUUCCACCUCAUUCUCAGAUGCCUUUGAAGAUAGGCAGAGAACAUCUUAUUGCUGUGAUCAUAACUUGUAUCUAAUUAGAUCUUAACUUAUAUUUGUUUUAAAUAAGUUGAGAUAAACGGAAUAUAAUACAUAUGAAUUCAACUUGCCUGGUCCUUUGAAUAUAUUUGUAUUGUCUUUGUACU